AAGUUUCGGGCGGACCGACGGGUGAGCCACAAUGAGAGGCGGAACACGUUCCUGCACCCCGUGACAGGACAGAUCCCGGCGGAAAACGCAAGAUUUGCUUUGCAAAAAUCCCCCUUGGACAUGUCUGGAAAAGCCGUCGGCAAGCGGCCGGCCACCGUCCCCAGCGAGUCGUCCAACCACACCAUGGUGGCGGAGGCGCCGCCGGAGCGUCCCGGAGGCCGGGCCUCGCGCCCGUCCCGCAAGGGCAUCGCCUUCGGGAAACGCUCCAACUCCAUGAAGAGGAACCCCAACGCGGCCGUCACCAAGAGCGGGUGGCUCUACAAGCAGGCCAGCUCGGGCGUGAAGCAGUGGAACAAGCGCUGGUUUGUGCUGGUCGAUCGCUGCCUCUUCUACUACAAAGAUGAGAAGGAGGAGAGUAUCCUGGGCAGCAUCCCGCUGCUCAGCUUCCGCGUGGCGGCCGUGCAGCCCUCGGACAACAUCAGCAGGAAACACACGUUCAAGGUGACCGUGUGCUGGGCGGAGGAGGCGCUGGGCCGGACCAAGCACUCCCUGUCUCCCCAGGCCGAGCACGCCGGCAUCCGCACCUACUUCUUCAGCGCCGAGAACACCGAGGAGCAGGAAUCCUGGAUCCAAGCCAUGGGCGAGGCAGCCCGGGUGCAGAUCCCGCCGGCACAGAGGCAUGAGAAGCCAGACUCGGAAAACAUCCCGCCCAGCAAACACCACCAGCACCGCAACAUGGUGCACCGCGAGCACCCCAAAACCGACCCCGACGCCAAGACCCGCGGCGAAGGCGAUGGCCGGGGCUCCGAGAAGCUCGAGAGGAAAGCGGAGCGGGUGGAAAGCAAGAAGGAGCCCUUGGCCAAAGCCAAUGGCGUCGCGGGCCAGGAGAUGCCCUCGGAGCCGGGCAGCCCGUCCGCAGGGGCGCCGGGCAGCGCGGAGCGCCCGCGGCAGCCCAACGGCUGGCCCUGCUCGCCGCCCGGGCGCCCCGGGAGCAGCGCGCGGGCGGACGGCGAGGGCUCUGGGGCACCGCGCCGCGGCUUCGCUCCGCGCGCCCACCCGGACAAGGCGGCGCAGCGCAAGAGCUCCAUGACGCAGCUGCAGCAGUGGGUCAACCUGCGCCGGGGCAACGUGCCGCCCGAGGAGCUGCGCAGCCCCACCAGGUUUUUCCCCGUGUCUCGCCGGGUGCCCGACUACUAUUCCCCCUACUCGCCGCAGUAUGCCGAGGACUACCAGUACUACCCGCCCGGCGUGCGCCCCGACUCCAUCUGCUCCAUGCCCGCCUACGAGCGCGUGAGCCCCCCGUGGGCGCUGGACGACAAGCGCCUCUCCUUCCGCAACGGGGGCCCCUACCAGCUCCGCGAGUGGAAGGAGCAGCCGGGCUACGCUCGCCAGGACGUCCCGGUGUGGCUGCCGGGCCCCGGGCGGCAGCAGAGCUACUACGAGGAGGUGGAGGCGGCGUCGGGCUCGCUGCGGCGCAUGUCGCUGCAGCCCCGCUCGCGCUCCGUGCCCCGCUCGCCCAGCCAGGGCUCCUACGGCCGCUCGCGCCUCUACUCGCCCGUGCGCUCGCCCAGCGCCCGCUUCGAGAGGCUGCCGCCCCGCGGCGAGGACAUCUACGCCGAGCCGGCUGCCUUCCUCAUGAGGCGCUCGGUCAGUUCGCCCAAGUAUGACUACCUGGGCGACAGGCGGCCCGUGCCCGUGGGGAUGUACCCGUUCCACUACCCGGCCUCCCCCACGGUCCACGACAAAAUGAUGAGCGAGAGCGAGACCCUGAUCAGUAUGGUGAACAGGAUGGUGGAGAGCUCGUCCCCUAGGGCUCAGCUCUACAUGCAAGUGACGCCCUUCCCGGAGGCCUACAGGGAGACGCUGCACACCUACAAGAUAAGCGAGCAGGACACGGACAAGCUCCUGGGGAAGCUCUGUGAGCAGAACAAGGUGCUGCGGGAGCAGGAGCGCCUCGUGCAGCAGCUCCGCGCUGAGAAGGAGAGCCUGGAGAGUGCCCUCAUGGGGACGCACCAGGAGCUGGAGAUGUUCGGGAGCCAGCCAGCCUACCCGGAGAAGCUGCUGCACAAGAAGGAGUCGCUCCAGAACCAGCUCAUCAACAUCCGCGUGGAGCUGUCCCAGGCCAGCACGGCCUUGGCCAACAGCACUGCUGAGUAUGAGAGCCUGGAGAGCGAAGUGUCCGCCUUGCACGACGACCUCUGGGAGCAGCUCAACCUGGACAUCCAGAACGAGAUGCUCAACCGGCAGAUCCAGAAGGAGAUCUGGCGCAUCCAGGACGUGAUGGAGGGGCUGCGCAAGAACAACCCGUCGCGGGGCACGGACACGGCCAAGCACCGAGUGGCCCCGGGCCCCUCGGGCACCUACAGCUCCACCAGCCCCGCCAGCCCCCUGAGCUCGGCCAGCCUCACCAGCCCCCUGAGCCCCUUCUCGCUCGUCUCCGGCUCCCAGGGCUCGCCCACCAAGCAGGGACCCGGCGAGCCCCCGGUGAGCGUGGAGCAGAGCGGGAAGGACGGGCCGGGGUCCCCGGGCGAGGGGCUCCUGCAUAGCCGCCAGGAGCACGACACCGAGAAGCAGGCGGCCCUCAACAAAGUGGGCAUCGUCCCCCCCAGAACCAAGUCGCCGGCGAAGGAGGAGGUGGCGCCGGUGAGCGGCGUGGUGCGGAGGAGCGCCAGCGGCGUGCCCAACGGCCUCGGCUCCCGGGAGAGACCCAAGAGCGCCGUGUUCGCCACCGAGACCAAGGCCAAGAUGAGCGUGGAGGAGCAGAUGGACCGCAUGAAGCGGCACCAGAGCGGCUCCGUGAAGGAGAAGCGGCGCAGCCUGCAGCUCCCGGGCGUCCAGCCGCCCGAGGGGCCCCGCGCACCGGCCUCCUACAAGGUGGUGCGCCGGCACCGCAGCAUCCACGAGGUGGACAUCUCGGACCUGGAGGCCGCGCUGCGCUCCGAGGAGCCGGGCAAGGUGUACGAGACGCCGCGCGAGGAGAUCGCCCGCCUGCGCAAGAUGGAGCUGGAGCCGCAGCACUACGACGUCGACAUCCACAAGGAGCUCUCGACGCCGGACAAGGUCCUCAUCCCCGAGCGCUACGUGGAACUGGAGCCCGACACCCCGCUGAGCCCUGAAGAGAUGAAGGAAAAGCAGAAGAAGGUGGAGAGGAUAAAAACCCUCAUUGCCAAGUCCAGCCUGCAGAACGUGAUCCCGCUGAGCGAGAGCGACGUGGACGCCCCGCCGGACGCCGAGACGCAGCUGCAGGAGCAGGAGAAGCGGAUCGAGAUCUCGUGCGCGCUGGCCGCCGAGGCGUCCCGCCGCGGCCGCAUGCUCUCCGCUCAAUGCGCUACCCCGAGUCCCCCCACCUCCCCAGCCUCCCCGACUCCACCGACCAACCCCCUCUCGUCCGAACCGUCCCGGGGCGCCGACUGCAGCCAUUUUAUGCGUGUCUGAGGCAGGACCGCAAGCUCUGGCGGCCGCCACCGCUGGCAAGUUCCACGGGGCCACGUUCUAGCCCCGCAGCACG